AUGAGCCGCGCUCGCUCACAUUCAUACACUUGCAAGGAAGAGGGCUGCGGCAGGACGUUUCUUCGCAAAGAGCAUCUCCAGCGUCACCGUCUCAACCAUGAACCAGAAAAGAUUUUCUCAUGCGACAUUUGCCCCAAAAUCUUCGUUCGUCGGGACUUGUACCAAAGACAUAAGUCCCGCCAUGAGAAAGGGAUGUUCUUUAGGAACUCCGGCGGAACGGUGAACCUAUCUUCAAAGGACAGCGCAAACAUUGACAUUCUUCCAGUUGAGAAUAUUAUGCAAGAUGCCGAUCAUGUUCAUGGCAGUGAGCUCCCGCAUAUGGAUGAAAUGGAAGAUGAAACAUUCUCGGCUAUCCCGUCUACCGGGAUAGGAGAAACAAUUGCUCCAUUCUGGGGUGACAUGGUCGAGCUACAGACACUGAGAGACGAUAUUGAUUGGUUGUUUGAGCCGCUGCAGGACAUACCUAAGUUGCCUGAGCCAGGGCCACCAGAAUGUGACAUUGGCUUACCAAACUUCGACUUUCCGACCAUCUGGCAAGCUGAGGCAAUUCCCGAAGACGACAUCGAUGAAGUUGUGCAUAGAAGCCCUGCAGAUAUAGCCGAAUGGAGCUUAGCGCAUUCGAAUCUAUUAAUUGCAUUGGAUCAGCUCGGCAUGAACAUUUUACAUUCCCCAUUUUUUGAAGUUGAGAAUCUCAAGAUGUUUCAUGACUUGUACUUCCAUCACUAUCACCCACAUUUUCCUAUUUUCCACCGACCCACACUCAUUAUUUCCGAGAUCGAGCCCCUGCUACUCAUCACUCUUCUGACAUUGGGCUCCACUAUGGCCGACGAUCCUAAUCUGUAUGAGCUGGGCCAGUGUGUCCAUGAUUCUCUCCGGCUCAUCAUUAUCAGUGCAUUACUCAUGAUUCAAGCUCACGGCAAGAUGAAGUCCUCGCGCAAGAACUAUGAAAUGGCACAUGUUUUCCAUGGAUCAAUAUUGACAAUGAUGAAACGAGGGAGUAUCUACCCAGCCACCUCUACAUUCCGUGCUCAUAGCCAGAUGAGCGAUCUACGACAGGAAUGGCGCCAAUGGGUUGAUGAAGAGUCAUGGCGUCGGUCUGCCUUCUUUGCAUUCUGCAUGGAUGCUCAGCACGCUUGUUUAUUUGGACACAGUCCGAUUCUUUCCGUCAGUGACAUGAGAAUGGCACUGCCAUGUAAAGAAUCACUCUGGGAGAGCACUUGCCCAGAGUCAUGGUAUGAGCUCAUCCAGUCAGAGGGAAAGACGCAACCGGCACAGUUCUUACCGACUUUGAAGAAGUUAUUACAAGAAGCCAUAGCGCCAGCGGUGUUCAGCGAGUACUCUCGCUUCGUAUUACUCCAUGGCUUAAUGAGCCUCCAAAGUCAUUUGCAGUCAAUGUCCCGCUUGACUCUUGGAAUCGAGCGAGGGAACAACAGCGAUUCAAAAAGUCGGCCUGGGUCAACCCUAGGGGACGCGAGGAGACCCACGCCUAACUCCACUCCUCCUUGGGCCAACAUGAUUAGCCUCGCUAUCACUGCAUGGUCAGACUGUCUAUUGUCACUGCAACCAUCGCUAUGUCUCGAGGCCGCCCGUCCGCUGCAUCGAAUAGCACAGAUCACCUUGCAUGUAAAUAUGGUCGAUCUUCUGACACUAGCGAUGGAUCCCGAUCACUUAGGCAGUGCUCAUGCACGGAGUACUUAUGACAAAGCCAGAGCCCGGAUCUUAGAGUGGUGCACUACCGAUUCGGCCCGAGAAGCAGUUCGCUACUCGCUACUUCUUGUUCAAGAGACUAUGUUUUCUGGUCAUAUGUAUCGAGCUCGUGACGACAACAUCGCUCCCCGGCCUUGGUGUCUCUACAUGGCAACGCUGACAUUAUGGAUGUACGGAGUGAUGACCGAGGGUUCACCCCUAACUCUAUCAGAUCAUACUGACCAGGGAAGCGCGGAGGAGUACCUGAUACGCAUGACACGGGCACUUAAGGGUAUUCUUCCAGCACCGGUUGGAGCAAACCAGACAUCGGGAUUGAUACAUGCGGUGCGAGAUGCCUUGGAAGACUGUCGCUGGGAGUUAUUACAGGACGCGCACCGAGUAUUAGGGAGGCUUUGUGGCGGGCAGAGCAUUUAA